GAGUGCGUUGGACCUACUAUGAUGAUAGUUGCUAUGCUUUCUAAAAGAAUUUUUUAAACUUUUUAGCUGGAGAUAGAAAAUAUAUUAUGGGCAACACCAGCGGAUCAAGUGUGGAGGAGAUGCAAGAAUGUGAAAGUCAUCAGUGGUACAGGAAAUUCAUGACAGAGUGCCCAUCGGGACUUCUUACCUACUACGAAUUUAAGAAGUUUUUUGGCCUGAAGAAUUUGUCAGCGACUUCAAAUGAAUAUGUCCAUACAAUGUUUAGGACUUUUGAUAUGAACGAUGAUGGGUACAUAGAUUUUAUGGAGUAUGUGGCAGCUCUGAGUCUGGUGUUGAAGGCCAGUGUGCAUCAGAAGUUGAGGUGGUAUUUUAAGCUCUAUGACAUCGACGGGAGCGGGUGCAUUGACAGGGAUGAGCUGCUCCUCAUUAUUAAGUCAAUUCGUGCAAUCAGUGGGAUAUCUCAUGACAUUUCUGCUGAGGACUUUACCAACAUGAUGUUUGACAAGAUUGACAUCAAUGGAGAUGGGGAGCUGUCCUAUGAGGAGUUCAUGGAGGGGAUUCAACAGGAUGAGGAGCUGCUAAAGAUGUUAACAGAGAGUCUGGACCUGACCCAUAUCCUGCACAAGAUCCAUGGAGAGCUCAUAGACCAAGAGGGAUGCUAAAAUAUUGACUAUUUGCUAUGCCACAGAAAAGAUAUUGGCCAACACAAAGGACAGCACUACCUGAACAUGGGAGAAGGAUUACUGACCUUUUAAAUCUUAUGCUAUUUUAUGAAGAAACACAAAAAAUACACACUUUGAUCCUUUAUGUUCUUACAUUUCACAGAUCCUCAACUUCAAGUGCCAGAAAUGUUUUGAACACAAAAUGUUUAAGUGAAUGCACAUUUUCUUGUAUUAGAGUAAAGAAAGUUCAGCUAUAGAAACUGUGAAUUGUGCAACUAGGGUAGAACAUGAAUAUAUUUCUAAAUAAAAUGAAAAUGUUUGAAAAAAGGUUAGAAUCUUCCAGCAAGUUGCAGACAGGCCUGUCAUGAUAACAAAUUUUGAAGUGCAAUAUAUUGCAGAAGAAAAUAUGGACAAUAAACAGUAAUAUUCAAACUACUUUUUGCUACUGACACAAUAACCCAAGAGUAGAUUUAAACCACAAAAACUAUUCUAAAUCUACAAUAUUGUAAAAAAUGGCUUAAAUAUUAUUCUUUAGCCAAAAAAUAACCACAAAUUUCCCAGUAGGGCAAAUAAAUUGUACAUACGAUAAAUACUGACCCGAAAAUAUUGUUCCAGCUUUCAUAUACUGAAUGACAAGACAAUAUAGUAAUUAUCAUGUAAGGUCUAUUAUCAGAGAGGACCAUUAAGAGUGGAUUUGACCAUGCUCGGGAAGUGGUAUUGCAAGCACAUACAUAAUUCAAACAUGAAGUACAGAUGACAAUUGCAAAUUGCUCUUGAUUUGCAUUGCUUUGUCAUUGCUUUCAUCCCAAACAAACAACUGAGUGACUGCCAUUGAGUGCAUAUGCCACAAACCACCUUCAAAUGAAAUGCAAAAUAGCACCCUGCAACAAGACGUGCAUGCAGUCCUGGAAAAUAUGCACUCAAGAGAUGAUGAUAGUUUCAGGGAGUGGCUCUCACUGAUGGGAUACCUCAACUAAUUCAUCUGCAUUUCAGGCUCCUCUGUUUGUUUAUAUAAAAUAUUUUCAAUAGA